ACAUUUGUAAACAGCGAAGAAGAAGAAGAGGUCAGCUGAUUCCAGCCAGGGACAGAGCAAUAAUACAUCUUUUCUGGUACAGGAGAAAGUAAAUAACUUAUCCGUAAACAGAAUAACCGUAAAGCCUUCAAUAUUUGAGACAUUCAAGCUACCUUCUAGUAGAGAUUAAAGGUGUUACAGUAUGAAAGGAUUGUACUACCGAGCUAGUGUGAAUGAUGCUGAGCCCAAGUUCGUUAUUCAGGAAACGGUAAGUAUGUGUCUAAUGUUUUAUGAUUCAGGGUCUUACAGGCUGAAAACAAUGAAUGAAUUAUUGACGUCUGUCAUUAAAGACUCCAUAUUAAACCAUUUAAACAAAUUCAGGACAUACUUAUCUGCAUGUGUCAAGCUCUGUCUCCAUUCACAGACAUCUGUUUUUGUAUCACAGGACAUUUUUCCACAACUUCAAAAACACUGAUGAGUUUAAAACCCUGUUUUGACGCAUAACAAAGUGCAUGAUAGUGUAUCGUGUUUGAUGGUGAUGACAUUGAUGACAGACUUCAGGCUGCAAUUGCACCCACAUUUUAUACCUUACAAUCCAUCUUUCUGUACACCCAGCAAUUUUUUGUCUCCAAUGUCUUUGUCUGUGCGGGUAAUGAUGACUGUCUGUGUCUCUAAAGCCACCAGAACAAUUUUAAAAACAAUUUUCUCUUUGUGUGAUGGUUUAUGUCUACUGUUUUUCUCUAGAGCCUUCCAGCAACUUUAGGCAGCCAUCAGGUCAGAGUUCAAGUAAAAGCAUGUGGACUCAGCCCACUAGAUCUCAAGGUACUGAAAAAUGAAUCGAUUUGAAACUGAUAUGGUUUCUUGAUUAGAAAGUUAUCUGACAAUAAUAAAACCAGAGUUUUCUCCUUUUAUUAAAAUUUUAAAAACAUAUUUUUUGACCCAUCAAGUUAUGUUGAAGAUGCAAAGGGAGCUGUGAAAAUUAUUUUGAAUUGAUAAAAAAAUAUUAAAUUUGCAAUUACAUAACAAAAAAAAACAGAAAUAUACCACAAAGCUUUAUGAAAAAAAUAGCAUCAAAAAUACCAUCAAACCAGCAUUGUUAAGACAUCACAACAGGAUGUGAAGAGUUUGAAAGAUUAAUUGAAAUUAUAAAUGUAAAAGUUUGAUGAUAAAACUAUUACUACGAGUGAAAACACAUUGAUUAAAACACUGCAUUUCCGUUUGUUUAAAACUAUUUUUUUUUGGCAUGACAUGUCAUCCAACAGUAACAGAUCAGUAUCAAAAAUAUAAGAAAUUAUGUAUGUAACUAAUGCAUAGUGUCCCAUAAUGGUAACAUUACUUACAAUUCAUAUUGUACAUGAUUGAAAAUAUGUUUCUUCAUUGUGUGACUGCUGUAAUUACCUCUCUCUUCUACACCAGCUGAUUGAGGAUCUGGGAAUUCAGAGAGAUUUGAUUCCAGUCGGCAGAGAGGUGGCCGGAGUUGUCUUGCAAGGUUUUGAAAAAACAGUUUUUGUUUUUUUAUGUCGAUACAUGACUGUUUAAAAAUAUAUUCUUUUAUAUUAAGAUUAAGAGCCAUCAUAGACUUUAUCUACACCAGUCUUAACUGCUGUUUUUUUUUCUGCAGUGGGCAACAAGGUUUCAUUCUUCCAGCCUGAUGACGAGGUGGUAGGUAAGAAUUGUUUCUAUUAUGUGACCUCUCCAAUAAAUCUUGUUUCGUGUUCUAUUGUUGUUUAAACUUGUUUCAUCUUGAUUAAGCUUUGAUCAUGAUUGAAUAAAGGACACAAAAGUAAAAAAUAGAAUACCAGAGGAAUGCAUAGCACGAGCAUCAUCAGAGACACAAUAUGAUGGGAUUAGAGAGUAGCUAUAGUCAAAAUGUAAUGAUGUAUAUCCCUAAGUCAGUAUUUGACUCUUCUUAUUUAUGCCACAAAAUCCACAUCAUAUUUAAGUCAAUAAGAGACUUGUAAAGUAUCUGCAGAAAAUUUGUAGAUAUUUGCUACACUUUUCAACUCUGUUUUAGUAAAAAAAAGAAAAUUCUUUGGCUGAAUGAAAUAAACAUGAAUUCCUACAUCCUUAUUUUGUUUGUUUUAUAUAAUAACAAUAGUACUCAUGGUGUAGUCAUAACACACUCUUUAUCUAAAAAGCUCCAUCUUAAAUCAAGCUUCUCUUCUCAGGGAUCUUGCCUCUGGACUCCCCUUGUUCUGGACUCUGUGAUACCAUUGAUAUUGAUGAACAUUUAUUAGGUAAUGUACAAACCCAAACACAUCCCACAUUUGAUGUCAAAUUAUUUUGUUCAGACACAAAUGCUCUCUUCACACUCAGUUUACACAGAUAAAAUUUUCCUGUUAGAAUGCCGUGUUUGUCUUUGAGAAGCUCCAGCUCACAGAAAAGCCAGACUAGGUCACAUCUAAAAGAUCAAACUAUUCUCCACUCUGCCCAAAGGGAUAGCAGACACAGCAGGUUUCUGAACUGACUAUUCAAUCCAUGCUUUUCAUCUUCAACUGCUAUACUUUAAAAAAUGAGAAAAAAAGAGUCAUGGUCAUCCUUGUGGUUUCAUAGCAAAUCAUUUGAAGCAGAAAGGUUAGACCCCUCACAAAAAAAUUGCAAAUGCAUCCAUUAAACAUGCAUGUGUGUGUUUUGGUGUUUUAUUCUCUUAGUCCAGAAGCCUGAAAAACUCAGCUCAGUGUGUGUAGCAGGAGCGCUGCGGGAUGGCCUCUGUGCUUACACCGCUCUACACACACAUGUUCACAUGGCAGCUGGACACACGCUCCUGGUCAUGGAUGGGGCCAGUGUAUGUUAAAAUAAUACGCUUCUUUUGAUGUAUACAAAGAUGUAUUUCAGUUCAGAUCAUACCUCUGUAACGUUGCCUUCUCCUCUCCUACCUCAGUCUUUUGGCCUCAUGUGCAUCCAGCUGGCUUGUUACCAUGGAGUUAAAGUUCUUACAACGUCACACACCCCGCAAACACACACAUUCUUGGAGCAGCUUCGUCCAAGUGUAGGUACGUACAAGUUUGGAUGUGUGGAGUUUGGUAGCAUAAGCUUUUUCAGAAUCAUCUACAGUAUUUAUAGAUCAAAAUCAUUUAAUACUUUUGAGCCUCUUUCACCUCUUGCCUUGCUUUUUCCUUUUUCUUCUUCCUUUCCCUUUCUUUCUUCUCUUUUCACAUUGUCCUCAGGUGUGCAGGACCCUCUAGUAGGUGAGAUCUUUUCUUUCUGAGUCCGUAACGAACUUACUCUCUUUCCUAUUUUGCUUUCCUUUCAUUCCUGGAGUAAAUAGCUGUUGGAACAGACAGAUUUCUUCCUUGUGAUAUUCCUCGAGGCCCACUGUCCUGCAUGUUUUGGAUGUUCCCCUGCUCCAAACACACCUGAUUCAAAUGAUCAGCUCGUUAUCAAACUCUGUAACGGCUUAAUAACGAGCUGAUCAUUUGAAUCAGGUGUGUUGGAGCAGGAAACAUCCAAAACAUGCAGGACAGUGGGUCUCGACUUUGAGAACCACUGCCGUAUGUGAACAAAUAAUUUGUGUGGUUGACCAAACACUUGCUGCCACCAUGUGGAUAAUGUCCACAUUGCAAUCACUGUGACUCCAGUGAGUUUCAAUGUGUAAUGCAGACAAGAGUACAUGUGUGUUUAGAUGUGUACUUAUGCGUGGACUUUUCAGUGGUUUUAUGAAUUAUUUACUGAAUUGGCCCAUGAUAUUGAGUUUUUGUGUGUAAAGCCAGGGUCAUCCCAGUGUAUAAGGACUCCUCAGACCUGGUUUCGGUGGUUUUGGAGGAGACAGGAGGACUGGGAGUGGAUAUAGUCAUAGACUCUGGAGGUAAACAUGUUUGCUGCUAACACUUACCUAAUGUUGAACAUAUAUGCUCUCUAUAAUCAAUUAACCUGUGUGGAACUGCAGAUAAAAUACAAUGCAACUGAAAUGUCAUUAUUAUAUCUCAUUACAUAUUAUUUCACCGUUUGCUUGUCUGCAGUCCGUCUUCAAGAGGAGUCCUCAGAGGACAUGAUGCUCCUUCCGCACAAGCAUGACAUCAUCAGCGUGCUGGGAGUGGGGGGGCACUGGGUAACAUCCCACAAAAAUCUGCAGGUGAGUCAGUGUCAGAAAUAGAAGCUUCAUCAUACACAGAGUACAUCAUUUUAAAAUUGAUGAGACGAACACAUCCACAAAUCUUACAGCAUGUAGUUUGCCUUUCAAUCCUAGGGCUUGUGCAUAAUGACCAACAUUCAUAUAAGUUUGUAUUAUAACUUUUUAAGACCUUUUUUCAGUGUCUACAUAUACAGUUUACAGUAGCUAGGGUGCCCAUGUGUCCUUUUAUACUCAGACAUGUCCUCUUUUUUGGGGGCUGUCUGGCCUUGUCUAGGGGAGUUUAAAACACUCGACCCGAAAAACUCAAAGUUUACUACGUGCGAUUCAGAAUAUAGUCACCCUACAGUAGCCUACCUUGUGUCUGCUUUGUUAAGACUGAUUUGUAUAUAUUUUGGUAAGUGAUUUAAUCAAUGCCUGGAUUUGUACCUUAAAUACUCCUAUAAAGGAAGAAAGAUGGAUACAUAACCAGCCAUAAACAUGAUUUGUCGUUGUCCAUCUCAGGAGCUUGAGCAUGGGUGUGCGCACGUCAUUCAUCUCCAGUGAACACUCUUUUAUCGAUAUUUCUCCAUAAGUAUGCUGUGGUGGUUUAGUAGGUUCAGUUCAAGUGUUUAAAGUGAACCCAGUGAAUUCCUGUCCUAAGACUGUCCAAUAGAAUUAUCACCUUCCUUAAUAUGCUGCUUUUUUCAACUGUUUCACUGACUAUGCUUUUUAGGCUCUUAGUCUUAUUGGUUUUUAACUUAUUAUCUAUACAAUUUAUUUAUUUUAAUGCUGGACCUGGGUAACAGUUUUCAUCCUGAAUGACAAUACAGUGAACCUUGAACCCUAAAGGUAAACCUACUCAGUCUGCAAUGCAUGUCCCGUAAGGGAAAUUAAUCACUUCUGUGCUCUUUUCUUUUUCACAUUUUUGAACAGCUGGAUCCUCCAGAUUGUAGAUUACUGUUUUUAAAAUCAGCCUCCAUGACUUUCUUGAAUCAUGAAGUGUGGACAGCUUCAUCAGCUCAGCAAGGACGAUACCUGCGUAUCCUGUUCCUACAGUGAAAGCUUGUAUAUACGCAUAAUUGCAGGCACUCACCUCUUCCUUAACAGCCUCGUCUCAGAUAUUUUGAAGGACAUUGUGGAGAAGAUGUCAGUUGGAGUACUCAGGUAACUUAAAUAUUACACAAUAGCCUCUCAGUGAUGCUGUACAUGCCAGCCAUAUUAAAUCUGUUUGUCCAUGCAUAGAUACUGCUCACAAAUAAUAAAUUCAACACAGCACAAAUAUGAGAUGUGCUGUCAAAAAAUUGUGGACUUCAGGAAAUUAAACUCUAGAAAUUCAAGUUUCCUGAUUGAUUUAAAUCCUCCCAUUUUUUCAAGGUUUGAUUAUUUUAAAAAACAGAACCUUUCCAUCUCUUGUGUUAUUUAGAAUUUUCAAUGUAAGCGUGUUAUCCUAUGUGAUUCAAGGCUCUUUCCUUGAUCCAUAAGAUCUCUUUUAGCCACCCAAUUAUAGCUUUAAUAACAUGUAAGGUAGGAAACUACAAAUGAAAUAUGUCAUCUCCCACCAUCUUGUAGCUGUCUGAAAAGUAGUUUCUUUAAAUAUCAGGUCUUUCUGCCUUACAGAAAUUUAGAUUCAGAUUGAAAUAACUCAAUUAAAAGACAUUUUUAUGGGUUUUAAUCAAACCACAAGUAUUCAUUUUAUCCCAAAGUUUCCAAAUUUUGUAUUAAUCCUGCAAAAGGUAACUUUUAUAUAGAGACAUUUUUUCUUACUAUAAUUUCAGGCAUAAAACAGAAGUUGCAGUCUGCUGUUUUUAACAAUACAUGUUGUCAUAGAAGUCAAUUGACAGAAUUUAUUUGGUUUCAAUCUGUCCCUCCAGACCUCAGCCUGAAGAAGCAGUUCCUCUCUAUGAGGCCACAGUCGCCAUGGAGACUGUCCAGCGUCAGCAGAAGAAAAAAGCUGUUGUUCAACUCUAACUAAAACACUGAAACACAAAGUACAUCUGAUCUAUGAGACAACAUAAACUGUUCACUGGACUCACUUCUCUCUGCAGAUCACAGUUCAUGACCGCAAGUAGAGUAUAACAAACAGUGGAUAUUUCAGCUUGUUUAUUGUCUGUAAGAAUCCUAAUAUCAGUAGCAUGCAUACCCAGAGCACAUACUAUAUAUCAUUUUAACACGUUGAUGCUGCAGGUUUAAGAUUGAGAAAUCACAACUGAAGUCUCCAGCUUACUUUUUUUUUUUAAAUUAAUCGUCAAAAGCCAACCUUUUCUUUGUACCAGGAAUGUUUGCUUGGCAGGCACUGGAAGGCUUAUUCUAAGUUCCCCAAAACAAAAUAACUUUCUGUGAUAAUACAUUAAAAGUAUUUUAUUCCAUUUCCACAAAGGCAAGUUUGUUCCAAUACAGACACGUUUGUAAAGGCACUUUAGCAGAUUUUUUGAGGUAAACAGUUGUGAAGAUUAACACUCCUUUACAACUCUGUGUGUCUGUAAAGGGAAAUGAAAUUAGAAAUCUAACAGGAAAUGAGUGAUGGAGGUAGAUGCAUUCAUUCACUUUGAAAUCAAGUUUCUUUUCUGGUUUUUCUUUUUUGAAAUUGAUUUGGUUCACUUAAACAGUCUACAUUCUUUAAAGAGAAGUUCCAGCAUAAAUAAAAGUUAUGGUCAAGCCGUAACACCGAGUUAGACACCCCGUCGAGAGAUGAAUGUUGCCAACUGCUUGCUUCUCUAGUUAUACCAACUUCAGUAACGACCAGAUGAUAGCAAAUGUUCAUUGAAAUGUUCGUCCUGGAGCUGCAGAACUCAGGGCUUCCCUACAAACAAGUGGCUGCUGGAAGAGAGUAGGCGAGUUGUGUUUAGUCUCUUUGCUAGGCAGAGACUUGGCAAAGCUAAAAGGAUGUUUGGUGGCUAGUACUAUGGCUGGGAGCCUAUUUGCACUGUUGGUGAAGUUAGGUGCUGUUCUGAGCAUUAUUUGUUUUCUAUAGAGUGGCUUUUUGGUUGAGGUUUGCACAUGGAGACGAAGACUGCUGUGUAUUGCUAUCGUGUGGUUGUUACUAAAGUUGGUAUAAUUGGAGAAGCAAGCAGUCAGCAACAUUCAUCUCUUCAAGUAAAACAGUCACAACAGUUUCACAGAGCAUCAAAACUCUACAGUAUGUUUGCUAAAGGUCAGAAGACACCCAACAUUUUUAUCAAUGGUUCAAAACCUAGUUUUUGAGUUUGCCACCAAACUGGAUGUAAUUUUAUUUAUGGAUGAGCCAUGCUCAUGGCGGUUUGAAGAUAGUAAUGAAAAGGCCUGUUAUCAUUCAUUCAUUAAAAAAAGAGGAAAAAACCAUUUCAACAUCUUGGUUUCAUGUCCAGGAUCCUCCUCCACAACAAGUGAUUGUGCUGUGGGUAAACUCCAUGUGUACUCUUCCAAACUUACCUGUGGUUGUUUGAUUGUGACUCCAAAUCCACUUCUCUAAUGUGAUAAGUCUCUCACCAUUUUACUUUGGAAGACAUCACAGACAGUCCAUGUCAUAAAUAUUUGUAACAUAUAUAUCUGUAUGUCUGACAGCUUUAAGUAAUGGAGUGGAUCAUUUUGGAUGUGAUGCUGAAAAGAUGAAAGAAUGCUCAUAAGAUGUGAAGAGUUGACAAUUUCUCUGAGAAGCAACUGAUCAGUUUCGAAUAGUGAGUCAUAAACAUGCGAAUUUUGUGCAUAUUUGUGUUUUCUUUUUUGUACAUGUGAUUAAAACAGCACAAUUUUCUUUCAGUA